CACGUGCGGCAGGGCCUGGACUGGAGACUGCCGUCAGGGCGCACGCAGCUGUCAGCAGUGGAUGAGGAGACCAGGAGUAACACCUCCAGUCUGAGCGGGGGCAGGCUCAGUGGGGGGUCCCUGUCGGAGGGAACGCUCACAGACUCCACCUUGGACAGCCCAAGACAAGAGCCACCUCCUGGAAGGAAGAUUGCAGACACGUUAACCAAGCCUGAGUUCUGUGCUGCCACCAAGAAAGACGACCACCACUACAAACCGCUGGAUCCGUGGAGGCCACAUGAGGACACGGUCAGGAGGAAGUACCCAUGGGAGGAGCCGAGGGGAGACAGCUUCAGUGUUAUAAACAUCUACACACGCCAGUAUGAGGAAGCCAGGAAAGCGAGACAUGGCCAGUCCGAGCGGCCGAAGUCCCGGACCCCCUCCCCCCGUGUCACAGACCCCUACAGAAACCCCUCCCCACAACCUGACGACUACGAAGAAGACUUCACUAGCUCCGCGACCUCACGACCUCAACAUGGCAGCAGGGGGUCGGGUUACAGGGAUGACAUCACAGGGAACCAACAUGGCAGUAGGGGCUCGAGUUACAGGGAUGAUAGACUCCACCCUACAAAUGGGGUCAAAAGUCAUAGCUACGGAUCAGAGAGAGGUCAUGGGUCGUUGCCAAAGGAACCAAUUGGUAGCAGCCUCCACUCCAAGCCAAUCGAGAGAGAGGGUGCAGGAAGAUCGAGUCACUACUCAAGGUCGGCUCAAGACAAGGAUGAAGACACCUUAAACUCCUCCUUAACACUCAGUUCUGAAGACGAGCAACUGUCUCCACAGAGACAACCCUCACACAGUCAGUCUUCCAGGAGCCACACAGACCCCCCUAGAACCUCAGACCCCCCUAGAACCUCAGACCCCCCUAGAACCUCAGACCCCCCUAGAACAUCCCCCUACACCAUCGACCUCCGCUCCCGGUCUCCGAUCGACGGUGCACGAAGGAAGACCCCCUCUCCAACAGACGGCAGUGUGCAUAGGAAAACCCCCUCCCCCAUCGAGGGGGGUGCCAGGAGGGGGGUGUACUCUCCGACAGAAGGAGGCUACAGAAGAACCCCCUCCCCAGUAGAGGGCAGAAGAGACUACGGCACAAGUAGAUACGACAGAGACGUACCCAGAUCUUCCUUUCGGCCCCUGCCCACCUCUGGGUCCUACAGUGUGGGAUCCCGCUACUCGCCAGCGAGCCUGGGGAACCGCAUGGCCGCCGAGCUGAACUAUCUGGAGUCCGUGGAGGAGUCGGUCCGGCAGCUGGGCGAUGUGGAACGUACGCGGGGCGUUGGCAUGGCGCAACAGGAGUCCGUCUCACUCGCACAGAUUCUCAAGGCCCGACAGCAGCAGCACGAGCGUGAGAUGGCCGAGCUGACCAUGAAGGCGCGACAGGAGGCCGUGGAGGCCAGUCGCCAGCUCGAGGAUGCGCGCCGGAAAGCCGCCAGCACUGCGGCCGAGGCGGCCCAGGCCAUCGCGCAUGUACGCAACGAGGCUUCGUCAUCAAUUAAUGACUCGGCGCGGAAACUCAUGGAGACGCAAGCGGAAGCUACGAGGGCCACGGCAGAGGCUGCCAAGCAACUGGCAGAGGCCAAGACUGCUUCUCUAGAGCAGACCUCAGCCAUGCAGGCUCACGAUGCUGGCAGGCUGGCCACCGAGACAGCAACAGCCGCAGCAACAGCAGCUGUCACCGCAGCCAUGGAACAGCAGAACAGACAACAGGAACAGCUGCUGAAAACCCUGCAGCAGGGCAGCCAGGCUUACAGAUCCCGAGAUCGCGGCCGGCCAGACACCAGAAGCUCCUACAGCAGCAGUUACACCACCACAGACUACGACAGGUCUGAGACGUCGCCUGCCAAGACGUCCCUCUCCAAGUCCCCCCCUUCUGUACAGGAGAAGCCACCGGCCAAGACACGACCAAGGUCCCCGCCCAAGUCUGAGGGGCACACAGACAGCAUCAGCGAGGACAUCCCCACGGUCAGCGAGCAAUCCCAGAAGGCCGCAGCCCGCAGAGGGAACGAUUCGCAGUCUUCCAUCGGCGAGGAGCUUCCCUCGGGCGCUGCCGACGUUUCCAAGGAUGAGAGCAUCGCUGAGGAGAUUCCCGAAGACAAAGUGUCCGUGUCCGGUAGUGAGUACAGCUACUCCAUGAAGUUUGACGAGUCCCUAACAGAGUCUGAGAUGGAGGAAAUGUCCUUUAAGAUGCUGCUCCCGUCCGAGAGUCACCGCAGACGCAGCAUCGGCGGGAAGAAGACGAAGACACCAGAGGCGAGCCCACGGGACCAGUCUGACGCUGCGUCUUACUCUUCAGACGAGCUUCACUCAACUGUCGGGUCAGGAAAGUUCACGUUUGAAGGGGUGAGCACGCCCUUCUCAGCAGAGGACUCGUUCAGCCACUUCAUGUCAGACAUGGUGCAGCAGUACAUGCAUGAGGAGGAGGUCAGGGCAAGGCACCAGGCAUCCCUGCUACGGCUGAGAGAAAAGGCUCUGAAGGAGAAGACCAAGGCAGAGCUGGACUGGCUCGAGCACCAGAAGAAGCGACUGAGAGACAAGGGUGCGGAUGACAGCAUGCCACCCAUCAGGAAGAGACAGCGAGGACUGAUGCUGAGAUUACAGACUGAGCAGGCAGAGAUCAAGCGUCUCCGUGAGGCGAACAAGGCUGCGAGCCGUGAGCGACAGCUGCUCUUCAUGCAGCAGCAGGAAAUCAUGAAGAUGAGACAAAGCACGGCUGCCAUCCGGGACAAGAUCAGGAGCAGGAAAAAGGACACAGGAGCCUCAGACGAGGAGAUCCCUGAGGAGUUGUCGGAUAAGGUCUCACCUGCGGACAGGGGCGCCGCGGCCGCACCUGGAGACGUCUCAGGAGACACCCCGAGAGACAGGAAGGACUCCGUCUCAGACGCUGAGGCCAAGAUGCUGGAGAAACUCAAGAAGAUGCACGACCCAAAGGACGAAAGGUACCUGACGACCCGCGAGCAGAAGCUGCAGCACCGUAAGAAGAACGCGGAGGACCUGUUGGCAUGGAAACAGCAGCUGGAUGCGGAGGAGAAGAAGGUCCGCUCGCUGGAGAGGCAGGCGCUGUCCGUCUGGGGGGAGGACGUCAAGGGGGGCAAAGACAAGUCAGCCGCGACGCCCCAGCCCAAAGUCCCAGCCUCUCCGGACAGCGUGGUCACCGAGAGUGCCAAGACCGCAGACGACUCCUCCGCCAAGAAGCACCGCCGUUCCCAUAGCAACCAGAGCGAGAGCUCCAUCGCCGAGGAGAUCGGGAGUCGCUCCAGCUCCAUUCCGGAGGAAAUCGGGACGGAAUCCAAUGGAGACAAACCAAGACCCCACGAUGUGUCCAGCGAUGACACAGGACAGAACAGUUCCAUAGGGGAGGAAUACUCCAACUCCUUUGAGUCUCCUGACACCGCCAGGACAGCCAGCAAGGGGCCCGUCCUCACUCCGCCCCCACCCAAACUGGACCUGGGUAGGGGCGCGGGGGUUCGGACACGGGAGAGUCUCGUCUCGCCGCGCUCGCAGAAGGUUCCCGGGAAAAGGCGGGAGUCGGAGAGCGGGUCCGAGGGAGAAUCCAACCCACACACGCCAUCCGAGACAGCUUCAGACCAGAGCGACAUCGAGGGACGGAUCCGAGCGCUGAACCAGGAACUCAAGCAGCGGAAGAUGGUGGCAGAGCGUCUUAAGAAGGAGGCGAAACGACGGACACGGGAGAAGCUGAAAGCGCGGGAGGAAGCCUUGAGGAAACAGCUGGAGUCACACGUGCACCACUGUACCCCCGAGACCCAUGAAAUCAGUGAAUGGGCCAUGUGGGACUGUGGGCCAGCUGAGCUUGUAAAGGAAGAGACCCUACACAAUAGGAAACCUGCCUUUGUCUUUCUUUUCUCACACUUCCUUGUAAGCCUGUGGGCUUAUGACAUGUUCAUUAAGAAGACGACAGAGGAUCUCGAGCGUGAGCAGAGAGAAGUUGAGAACGUUGUCAAGCCACAGAUCAAGCAGACACGCCCGGCGACGGAGUCGCCACGGAGACUGAAGACUCCACCCGACAUCAGCCCCCGCAGCCAAUCAGAUCUCACCAGGUGGAAGCAGCGCAGCGAAUCGGAGAGCAGCCGGUCGAGCAAGUCGAGUUUCGAGGAGGAGUCUGCACAGAAGGACCACACUGACUCCAUCAUGCCCACGCCGGCGAGCGUACAGCCGACACCCCGGUCCCCGGCAGAAGAGAAGAGAAUCAUCAGCCCCCUGCCCUCCCCCACCCGCCCUGAGAAGCUGGAAGACACCCGCCCCAGGAGACUUGAGGGGAUCCACCUGGAGCUCAGCAAACUGGAGCCUGCGGAGAAAUCCCCUCGCGACACCAGGUCCACGGCAUCCUCCAUCGCUGAGGAGAUUCCCACCGAGCCCAGCUCUGCGCGGACGGCAAGAUCGGAAGGUUCAGAGCUGUCCCCGCGGGUGAAACACGUCGAGUCUCCGAAGCUCGCGAAAGAGCAGGAGGAAAAGGCGCGGCGAAUGCAACAGCAACAACAUCAAGUGGCAAAGAAGCCUGUCGUCGAAGAGGAACCGGAAAGCGAUUCUUCGCAGAAGAGCGACCGAUCGUACACAUCCUACUCCACAGCGUCACGUAAUUCUCAGAGAACACGGACAGUAAGCGAAAAGUCGGAUCAGAGCUACAGCGAUGAUUUCGAGGGUUCGCAGCGGAGCUACCGUAGCCGGUCCGACCGGAGCCCAAGUGUCACCAGCGAGGAGGAAAUCAGCGAACACUUCAGCCAGAAGAGCAGCCAAUCAGGACGCAGCACCGCCAGUUCCCAGUCCCGCCAUGAACUCUUCAUCGACCUGAAGGGCGAGGUGGGUCCCGCCACACCCAGCAAAACCACGGAAACGGCAGACAGCGACGAGGAAAGGACUCCGGUCGCAUCGCCGGCGGAAACCCCCACGCCUCGCGAUCGUCGCGCCGAGAUUGACACCAGUACGCCAAUCAUCGUAGACCCGUUGGCAGAGUACCGACUCGGGGAUAAUGUCAUCGUGGAUGGGGACAAAGCAGGAGUACUGCGCUUCAAGGGCCCCACGUCGUUUGCACCGGGCAUGUGGGCCGGGGUGGAGCUACGGAAAGCGAUAGGAGACAACGACGGUUCCCGAGACGGGAUGAGGUAUUUCUCGUGCGAGCCGGACCGCGGUGUGUUCGUCACAGCAGAGAACCUGAGGCCUGCUCUGGAGGAGUACACUUCGGAGCGAGAGGAGUCAGUGGCAGAGGAGAUCCCAGAGGCGACGGAACGCACCGACUCUGAUGCGGACACACCCCGGCUGAAGCUCGACUUCGCAGAAAGCGAGAAAGACAUCACUCCAAGGAGAGAAAGGACUUACUCAGACGACUUUGAGACCCCAAGGUCGAUCCCAGAAUCCCGGGAGAAGUCUCAGAAGGAUGAGGAGGCGGAUUUGGAGCAGAUCUCUCUCCACAGCAGCGACAGCGAGCUGGAGAAAGCCAUCAGUUCUGCGGCAGCCGCUGUCGAGUCAUUCGCGCUGGAAACUCCGGAAGACUCUCCCCGGGGCGCCAAGGAUCUCGCGGACACUCCUCGAGACGCCUCAGACCUACCAAAAGACUCCUCGGAAGAAAAGAAAGACAAGCUCGUUGAGGACAUCACGGACAACCUUGCCUCGAUGGUUCUCCAAGACUCGCUGUCCUGCAUCACGAACCUUGCGGAAAGUCGGCAGGCGGAAGCUGAGGAGUUGAACGACAAGACUCCGACGUCCUCCCCACGGGAGAAGCCCCACACUCCUCUCCUGGACCUGCUCCUGAGAGAACAUGAGAUCCAGCAGAGACGGGCGGAGCAGCCGCCUCCCUCCGCUCCGGAGACCAGCCCCGAGGUCACACCCAGGCAGCAGGCGGAGAAGUUCUCGGAGUCGCUCGUCUCAGGUCUCUUCACAGAUGCCAUCUCAGAGAUUCUCAAGAUCAGGAAACAGAAACUAGGGACUUCUUCCAGUGGACGUCGUCUUGACGUCACAAGACCUUCUCAGGAGUUCCCCGAGACGAGAGACCAAGACGAUAGUCUUGACGAUGAGUUAAACGAACUCCAGCUCCCGAGUAGUCCCCAGGAGCCUGUCCCCAGGCCGAACUCCCCGGUUGAGCUCCACCCCCGGCCGGGGUCGCCCGUGUUCGGGGAGAAACUUGACGAGUUUCAGGCACAGCUGGAUGACAUCCUCAGCACCGACCAGACCUGGUUCGAAGAGGACGGAAUAUUUGGGCUUGGCAACAGGGGUGCCCAGAAGGGCCAGGGGGCCUCCAAAAGGCACACGUCUCCAGGUGAGACCCAGGAGCCUCAGCAGUCCGCGAGGACGUCCCUCACCAAGCUCGACCUUCAGAAGGUCACCGACGACCUGUUCUUCGCCAUCCCGCACAACAAGGAAGAGGUGCAGAGCCUGGUGAAGUCUUCCGUCCAGGUCUUCUACAACAAUCGGGAGUACGGGGACGACCUGGCGCCCAUCGCGACCCCGCGCGACCUCCUCAGCAACGACACCCCCGGGAAGGACGUGGAGAGCCUCAGCAAGCGCAGCUACAAGAAGAUCAUCUUCGACCUGAGCGGGGAGAUCUUUAAGGACAUCUACGCGGAAGACAAUGUCGAAACGCCGCCCGUUUGGAUGAAGGCGAAGAAAUCGCAGCGUAAGCACUUCCGGCGGCGGCCCCCGGGCGGGCUGGACGAACUAACCGGAGUCAUCGAACACCGCGUCUUGGUUCUCCUCGGGUUGCAGCCUUCCAGGAAGCUGCAGCACACCACCAAGUUCUUAAAGAUGGGGCGGAAGAAGAAGGAUCAGGUGGACGAGAUUCUGAUCGAGGAGCUGGCAACAGAGGAGCCCGAGUGGGUAAACUACGACGAUGAUGAACUUGCCGUGAAACUCCAGCUUAGCGACUCCAUCUUCGAGAACUUGUUGACUGAGACUGUCCAGUUGGUCAGCGAUAUUUCCUUAAGGAAGGCAGGCUCUCAUGCAAAUCUUUGAGAAGAUUCUCUCCACAAUGACGUUUUUGAAGUAACCUUAACUACUCUCCAGGCAAAUGUCAGGGUAAAUAGCUGGAAAACUUCAGCUCAGCGACCCCAUCUUUGAGAACUUGUUGACUGAAACGGUCCAGUUGGUCAGCGAUAUUUCUUUAAGGAAAGCGGGGUCUCAUGCAAAUCUUUGAGAAGGAACUCUCCAUGACGUUUUCGAAGUUACCUACUACUCUCCAGGCAAAUGUCAGGGUAAAUAGCUGGAAAACUCCAGGUCAGUGACUCCAUCUUCGAGAACUUGUUGACUGAAACGGUCCAGUUGGUCAGCGAUAUUUCUUUAAGGAAAGCAGGCUCUCAUGCAAAUCUUUGAGAAGGAACUCUCCAUGACGUUUUUGAAGUUACCUACUACUCUCCAGGCAAAUGUCAGGGUAGAUAGCUGGAAAACUUCAGCUCAGCGACUCCAUCUUUGAGAACUUGUUGACUGAAACGGUCCAGUUGGUGAGCGAUAUUUCUUUAAGGAAGGCAGGCUCUCAUGCAAAUCUUUGAGAAGGAACUCUCCAUGAUGUUUUCGAAGUUACCUACUACUCUCCUGGCAAAUGUCAGGGUAGAUAGCUGGAAAACUUCAGCUCAGCGACUCCAUCUUUGAGAACUUGUUGACUGAAACAGUCCAGUUGGUGAGCGAUAUUUCCUUAAGGAAGGCGGGGUCUCAUGCAAAUCUUUGAGAAGAUUCUCUCCACAAUGACGUUUUUGAAGUAACCUUAACUACCCUCCAGGCAAAUGUCAAGGUGAAGAAAUAAUGUAAAGAUGUCUCGACAACUACAGUCCAGUUGGUGAGCGACAUCUCCCAAAGGAAGGCGGGCUGGCAUGCAAAUCUUUGAGAAGAUUCUCUUCUCCAUGAGGUAAAAAAAGAUUUGGAAGUACCUCCUCUCCAGACAAAUGUCCAGGUGAAGUAUUGUAAUGAUGUCUUGAAAGCUACAGGAGAGAUACAAGUCUUUCACCCAGAUCACAGCAACUUUGUGCUUUCUAUUCUUUCUAUUCUUCGAGUUUUGGUAAAGCUAUAAUUACUUUGCUCUUUUGGUAUCAGACAUGAAAAUAGAGACGAUAGACUAAAUGAAAGUAUUACACAAGUUGUUGUCAAGAUUUGUACCAUCAAGACGAUUUCUUUUUUUGAUUUGAGUAAGGUUGAAGAUUUUUGUCCAUUGUUCUACAUGUACUGUGAGCUACUGUAAGUGUAAUGUAUGAAGCUAGAUAUUACAUGCUUGAUUUGAUAGUGUGGAAAAACUUAACUUUGCAGCAAGGCAGACUAGUAGCUUCGGUGUGCCCUACUCUUUAAAAAAUCUUUUUGUGGCAUGGUUGAGGCAGUUUCUUAAAUCCCUCGCCUGUUUCUUGUGGAUGCAUAUCUGAGCAUAUGGUGUCAUAUCUAUAGAUAGACUUGUGUAUUUCUUGAAGAUCAAAAGUUCCAUCCUGAAAGUGGAAGAGCUUUGCUUAAUUGUCAAAGCGUCUUUUCCCAGGUCAACCGGAAGUUGAUAUAGGUACAUAUAUUUUUCCUGUAAAUACGAAAUGUGCAGAGGUUUGUAUGAUAAGGUUUUUGUCAGCUACGGGACCAACCAUUGUGAGCAAUGAUACUGUAAAUACAGCAUCUCUUACUGAACAUUGUGCAUAACGUCUGUGGAAAAUGUACAUCUAAAGUGUUGUUAAGGCAAAGUUAUUAAGGUUUUUUGUGGUUCCCAGAUUUAGUUUAUCAUCCUUUUGCUUUCUCUUUUUCUUGUUCUCUAUUUUUCUUGGAAUGGACAAUUAUUUCCCCAUCAUUAUUUGAAUCAUGGUGAAGGAAUAGACCAGUCUCAUUUUUGUAUACUUUUAGAUAUUAGUGUGAAUCACUGUUGUCUUUUAUGUGGUACACAUGAAAAGUAACACAAACUUUAUUUGACUGAUAACAUUCUGGAAUUAUCAGUUUUCGCAAUGUUAUGAGCAAAAUUUUUAUUCUAUGGCAAUCGGUGUGAGAUACAUGUACAUGAAUGACAGAAAGGGUUGCAGAUAGUGUGUAUUAUUGAAAGGCAGCUUUAGGUUGUUUUGAUUGUUGCUUUCAACCUGCUUUUGAGUACUUGACCUACAGUGAAAAGUUUAGGUGUGUUUUUGGUUGGUCCUACGUUAUAACUGUGGAAGAGUUGUAGUACUUUGAUGAAAUGUUUAGGUAAAAACGCUCUGUGGUUUGUCGCGCAAGAAAAAUGUAUAAUUUUUCUGACGAAGAAAAUGUGAGAUUUUUGUACAGAUUUUAUGAAAGUAUGGAAUACGUUGUGAACUGGAAUAAAAUUGUGUACAUAGUGUUAUGUA